UCAUGUCUAUUCAAUUAGUUUCAUAUAUAUACAUAAGCACAUACCAAAUACUUGAGUACUAACCAGAAGUUUAGAACAACUUGUAUUCUUAAUCACUAAGCCGCCUCUUCUCUGAGAAGAAAAAAUGGCAGCCAUAGAAACAAACACAAAGAGCUCCCUGCAUAUUCGCAGCAACAGCUUGCCCUCCGCACCUCACCCCUUUACAUCACAAUUUGAAGAGCACUUGCACAGAUUAAAGGAUUCUAAAGCCAUCUCUUCUUCAACAUCAUCUUCAAUAAACUACAAACUCAAUGCCUUGCAAGAUUUGCAUGAGUGUGCUGAUAAGCUUCUCCUAUUGCCAAUCACCCAGCAAGCCUUGGCACGAGAGUGUAGCAAUGAAUGUGUUGAUGAACUACUAGAUGGAUCUGUGAGGAUCUUGGAUAUCUGUAGUACAAUUAAAGAUUGCCUACUGCAACACAAGGAAAGAGUGCAUGAACUUGAGUCAGCUAUUCGCAGGAGAAGAGAUGCCGAGGCCGGAUUCACAGUUUCGAGUGGAAAAUACUUGGCAUCUAGGAAGCAGGUGAAAAAAGCAAUUCGGAAGGCCUUAGGAAAUUUGAAAGGAUUCAAGAAUGAACUCAUAUUUGCUUCCUCAAACAAAGACAACGAGACAUUGUCCAUGCUUAGCUUCUUAAAAGAAUCAGAACUAGUCACCGUGAGCUCAUUAAAAGCCUUCUUGUUGUUUAUCACUGGCUCAAAGGGACAAUCAAAACAGAACAGGUGGUCAAUAAUCUCCAAGUUGAUGCAACCAAAUAGAGUGGGAUGUGACUCUCAAGAGGCAGAUACAAAUGAAUUUGAAAAGGUGGAUGCUGCUUUGAUGUCUCUCAUCAAUCACAAGUCUUCAUCUAUUGAUAAUUUUCAAAGCCAUAUGGAAAAUUUGGGGAUGUGCAUUGAGAAUCUAGAAGUAGGAUUUGAAUGCCUCUCAAGGCAACUAAUUAGAACCAGAGUUUCCCUUCUCAACAUCUUCAACCACUAGGCAAAGAAAAAAAGUUUUCCCCCAUGACAAAGUCAUGCUUGUAGACAUAUGUAUAAAAGAAAAAAAGUUAACAUGUAUUGAGAUAUUUGAUCAUAUGUCAAUCUUUCUAA